AAUAUACUGCUAAAAUGGAAACCAUUGCAGAUACGAAAAGGAAGUCGGAGAAGACCGCGAUGCAGCGGUUUGGCGACAGCGGCAUGAUGUUGUUGCCGUGGACAAAGCAGAUGCUUAGUGUGUUAUGGGAGCACUUGCGGUUACUGGUUCAUGUAAUCUGCUAUAGCCUGAUGACAGUCUUUCAAAUGUUCAGACUGGAAGUUCAUCUUAGAAUAACGGACGAGACAGGGCAACACGUCCAGCACAUGACCAGUGCGACAGGAAAUCCAACCGAAAACUUUCUCUCCUCUUUGUUUGAAAACAACAAAAAUGUAAUUGUCGCUGGCUCAAAACCCUUGACGAAAUUAAGUGGAGAUUUCGCUGUCAGUUCCCACUCAAGAUCCCUGCUCUCCAGUUUUGUGUCAGAUGACUUGUGCUGCUCUUUGGUGGACGACUUUGUUUCUCGCGCAACAGAGUGUCUUUCAGAGGAUGAAGAUCUUUUCAUUGGUCCGCACUCCAGCUGGAAGAAUGGCUUCGACUGGGACCUGUUUGUCGGCUCUGAAACUGAGAGAGUCAAGGACAAGGGAAUUGCAAGCAAGACAGACUUUACUGCGUACGUUCCAAGCUUUACAUCUCAAAGUGAAACUUGUCAAAACCAGGAGGACUGCAACCCUGAAAAUGAUUGCGACUUCUCCAUGUGCUCUAGUGAAGACAGUCAGGUGUCCUGCUCCCCGCACUGUAGAGAGCACCGCUCUGACAGUGAAAACAGUUGGACUAGUUCAGAUGGCUCCUGUGCGGAGGGGGAUAAAGAGGAGAAUGACAGACUCUGGGAGCUUCUUUCCACUUCAACAGAUCCAUAUCACCCACUACACUUUACUGCAUGUGCACCCAGCACAGUGUCUAAACCAGAGAGACCACAGACAGGAUGUCUGUCUGUUCAAAGUUCACAAAACUCUUCCGUGGUGCCGUCAUGUGGGUCUCCAAACUCUGACACAACGGAGAAGGAGACUACAGGACCUUUCUCCUCUGAGGAGGAGAUGGAGGAGGAUGAGGAGGAAGCAUUGUGGAGGUCCCUCACUCAAAAUAAUGAUCCUUACCAUCCCCUCAAUUUCAGAGCCCCACUUCUGACCGCAGAACUUGGUAAAACCCGUAAGGACUUACCCAAACAAAGAAGUUCCACACCCUUAGAGACUGAGAACUGUGUUUAUCGGCAUCAGACGGCCAGACCAGUCAUCAAGCACAACUGUCUUCAGGCCUUGGGUGAAAAGCCCUCUUUGGUACCCUGGAGGAAGCACGGCAGUCAGAAUUCUGCUUCCAGCCAUAAAAAAGACAUACACAUUGUGAAAAAGGUUAAAUUCUCACCAGUUGUACAAGUCCACAAGAUGCAAGCUUGGUCUUUCGCCAUGCAAGCUUCACGCAAGGGGCCGUGGGAGGAGCUUGCCCGCGACAGGGAACGCUUUCAGAGGAGAAUCCAGAAAACGGAGCAGGCCAUUGGCUACUGCAUUAGUCCAUCACACAGAGAGAUGCUCUUUGCUUACCAGCAGAGUACACAGACUAAACCUGCAGUUCUUACAGAUUAAAUAAAGGCACUGAACAACAAUGGCCUAAAAAAGUGUAAGGCAAAGGUUGGGACUAUUUCACAGCUGUACCUCAAUGUUCAAAAUACAGUUUUUCAUGCUGACCUGUUCCAAAUAUUA